AUGAAAGGACAUCUGAAGAAGCCCGAGAUGCGGAAAAAGACCUUCAAACAGGCUGCCACACAUGGUGGAUACGUGAACCCUUUCAAAAACCGAUGGGAAUCACAGAAUUUCCGGGUGUGGGAAGAGCAAAAGAGAGAAGCGAGAAAACGCAAAGCCAAAGAGCUUGUGGAGACGGAGGACUUCAUCCCACUAACGAACGACAGCGAGGACGAAGUCGACGAACCGGACGUGAUUCGGCAAAAGGGACGAACGAUCCUAAAAGCCAAUUCAGCUGGGCCUAGCAGAACAGUGCGGCGUGUCUACGGCUGGGAGUCAAAAGUCAAACAACGUGAGCCAAGAGAAGUCAUGCCGACGGGGUGUCUGAAGUGCGGCGAUGCAGCCCAUCUAUACGACAAAUGCCCCGGAGCAUCGGCCGAGGACAGAGCCAAAGUCAAGUACGAAUGGGCGCUGGUUGCAAAGCGCAUGCAGAACGGAAAGAC